AUGAUUGAAUGGAUUAAUUUAAAUAUUCAAAAUGAAUCAAUAUUUGCAGGUACAAUGGCUAAUUUAAAAUUAUCAACAGGUCGUCGAAUUAUUGUUCAUUCUCAUUAUGAACAUAGAAAAAUUCGUCAUCUCAAUUAUUAUGUUUAUGAAUCUCAUUGGUGUACAAUAAUAAAUCAUCCAAAAGGAUGUUCAUUUCCUGAAAUGUAUGGAUAUUGA